UUUCUCUGGAUAUUUUUAUUUAUAUAUUUGUGUGUUUCCUAAACAAUUAUAUACGCAGUAUGUCUCUGUGAAAAGAUCGCGCCGUCUUCCUGCAUGUAUGACACUCGACAAUGCUUCUACAACUCCAGAUAGCUAGCAAAUGAACCUCAAGCCUCUCUCUUUCCUUAAUUUCUCCCUUCGCCCAGGAUGAAACUCUUCCUCAUCCGCCAUGCCGAGUCAGAGCACAAUGUUGCCCAGGUCUAGUAUGAUGCCGUUUCUAUUUGCCCUUUAAUCUCUCUGUGAGGGUGUGGGCUGUUGCUCACACACAAAGUUCGUUACGCUCUGUUCAGCGCAGGAACAACAGACUCCGCUUUAACAAACCAUGGCAUGGUACAAAUCCAGCGGCUAGCUCUCCACUUCAAGACUCAGGGAAUUGCGUUUAACACGGUCUUCUCUUCGGAUCUGCUGCGGGCUCGUACUACCGCUGAGGGCAUCUGUGGCCUUGCUGGCGGAGAGGGGCGGGAUGGAGAUUCGCCUCAGUUACAACCUAUCGUCCUACCCGUCCUACGGGAAAGGGACUUUGGUGCUCUAGAGGGAAAAUCAUGGCUUACCGCGCGAGAUGGAGCCGUGAAUUCCGUUUCUGAAACAGCUGGAGAGCCCGAGUCACAUGCCUCGGUCGCCUCGCGGGCAGAUUCCUUUCUCUCCAACUAUCUGCUGCCAGUUUUGCUUGAUGCGGGGCAUCCUGCUCAAGCUGUUGCGGUUGUCUCUCAUGGCAUUUUGCUGGCUGCGCUGUGGGAAGCGCUGUCGCGACUGUUUCUAUCAAGUCAUGUUGUCCUUGCGCCAGGCGUUAAGGUCACAAAACGCAUUUCGACGUGGUCGAACACGGGCUAUCUAGAACUUGAUGUUGGAUGGAUAGAAACUGGCCUCAUAACCCCAGCUCCAGCGAACGAGAGUGGUCAAUCUCAGGAUACCAUGGAUGGUUCAAACAGAGCUAAAGCAAAAAAUGAUGCUCAGAACCCGCCGUUGCAUGGCCGUACGCUUACUAUCCUAACGAUAAAUGGGAGAGAACAUCUCAGAAAUCUUAGGCGGACUCCGGGCGUUGGUAGCUCAAAGCAUGAUGCGACCCAGCAACGAAUUGACAAUUUUUUCCAGAAACCGAAGAACUAGGAUUGGUCUGGUAGAAUUUUUUUUUCUCUCAUGGCAAGCCUCCCAUUAUUAACUGACCUUGUAGAUAUUUAUGUCUUGAACGACAUAUGGUGUGGAUAUCCUGUGAAGUUAUCAAAACCAAGUAUUCUCACUGCGGAAUUUAAAGGAGCUCGCAAUAGAAUAAAUAUUUAUAAAUUACUUAUCUGCUACUUAAAUCAUAUACCGUGCCUUUUUGUAAUAUAUGAAAUUAGGCGUUCUGUUGGCCAUUAGUAGUUAUGCAGCUAUAUUAUAUAACUGGCGCUAUGUAAUAAUGUAUAGGAUAUGUAAACCAGCAGACGAAUAAACUAGAACGGGACAGAAAUAAGGAGGAUAAAAAUAAUGAUUUUGCCCGCGCCCGUAUGUAAACCCAAAAUGUCAUCUGGUGGAAAAUAGAAUGGACAGAUAUAUGUGCAAAGAAAUAGAACAAAAUAGGUAUCUCUAAAACAAAGGAAAAGACCCCAUCCCAUAUAUGCAAGCAUGAUAAUUCAUAUAGGAAAAUCAUAAAGCAUAAGGUAUAAAACAUGAGCAGCA